AUGUUUUAUUUACGCCAAUAGCAAUCACCGUUUAAUAAGCCCACUAACAAAUUUCGUACACGUUCCGAACUGGCGAAGUAUAGCUCGCACUAGUUCCAAGUUUUAGUUCCGGUAACGACUCAAGUCUCUAUCAUCAUCCACAAGGUGCAAUAGUCAAGUAGAACUUUCUAACAUGUUUAAAGUUGCUCCUGUUACUGCAAAGCUAUACAACGAGAGGUGAUGUUAGAAAUGAUGACGAAAAAUGAAGUGAACACUUCGUUUCCCAGACAACGUAUCACAACUUUUGACUUUUACCAGAAUGGUCAGUGAAAACGAUUUUAAUUUGAUUUAGUUUGCGUGUCGCCAUCGGGCUAAUUUAAGUCUCCUACGCAAAUAGCCAAUCGAGAGGUGCGGCCCACUUAAGCUUUUGGAAGUUGGUAUAAAUUGAAGACUCGUAGUGAUAUUGGUCUCAACGUUUCAUGUGGGAUUGAGAGAAAAACGUGCUCCUCAUCAUGUCUUCCAUAAAGCAAGGGAAAUCGACUGGGCAAAUAAAUUGAUUAUUUACAGGUAAUGGACCAAACCGUACAUGGAAACUCUGACAUUUACUUCGCAUGAGACGGAAGGAAUCAUACAAAUUUUCAUGAUUGCUUUAGUUAUGGUGGGUUCCAUAGUAGGAAACGGUAUGAUUUGUCUGUUACUUGUCCGGUUCAAGACCUUGCGAACAGUCCCUAAUAUCCUGAUCGCGCACAUGGCUGUAGUUGACAUCCUCAACGCUUUGACCAACAUGCCCCUGUUUAUAAUGUGGUACAUCAGUGAUGUUUCCUACCUUAAAGGUAGGCCUACCUCUUUUUUUAUCAUUACAUGGUUUGUGCUGUUUGUUUAUCUAAGCAUAUUCAAUCUUAUCGCACUGACAAUGGACCGAUUUGGAGCCAUCGUUCACGGCAUCCGCUAUCACACCUGGAAAACAGUCAACAAGGCAAAAAUAGCUGUACUUUUUACAUGGCUUCUAGCGGUUGCGUAUACAUAUGGCAUGUUUAUACCAAUAGGGCUCAAAAUUGAUCUUGGUGGCGCUGCAGUUUGGGAGUACAGAGAGCAGUACUUGAAGAGCUUUGGAAGGGCCUUCAUCAUUCUCGGCCAUUUUGUGCCCUUUGCGAUCAUGCUAAUUUUGGGAGCCUUAAUCUGGCGUGCGGUACGCCGACAUAAAAGACGUUUGUAUCCGUUUUUUCCUAUGGCUAGGCAGGUGAAAAGUGACGUGAAGACCGCCAAGACAAUCGGUUUGACUGUUGCGGCGUUCAUUUGCAUGGUUGUUGCACCCAUGUUCUUGCACUUCUUUUCCAAAAUCCACGGCACAUGGCCUCACUUCCUUGCAUUUUUUCUCAGUCUCCUCAAUAACAUGGUGAACCCAGUUAUAUAUGGACUGUAUACUCAGAGGUUUCGCAGAGCGUUUUUGUUGUUCUUAAGAGAACCUUUUGGCAAGUCAGAACCUGGUCAGAUAUCAACUUCAAGAAAAAAUGUGCAAUACAAGAACGGGGGACUCAACACUUUUCAAAUCAUCGUUUCUUAAAUUUAAGUGGGCUAGUAUAGAAACCAAAAACAGUUGAAGAACAAGAACAGGAAACUUAUCAUGGAAAGACACAAUCAAACUUAUUCAUAACGGUCACUAUGGGGACAGAAGAAAGUUCAAGUAGUAGAAAGAGGAAGUAGUAUAAUAAAAGCAAUAUUGAAUAAAA